AAAUAUGUCCUCAUAAUUUAAACAGAAAGAACCAAUAAUACACACAGACAAAACAGUGCAAAACACACACAUACACAUUCAUCAUUCAUCAUUCAUCAUUCAUCAUUCAUCAUUCAUCGAUCAAACGAGAUUGGUCAAACAUAAUUCGGAAGUUUCCACUACAUUAAUUUUGGUCCACGUUGUACACCGUCUCUGACCAAACAACAUAAGAUUAAGGAAAAUAUUAAAGUGGACCCCAAUAUCAGUGACUUUCACGAGCUUACCUUAAUUACACGACACCUUCCUUAAUCAACUGUCUUAAUAAACAAACACAAAUCUUUUAUCUCUUUCAUUUCAUUUAUAAACUCUCACCCUUCCUUUCAUUCACUCAUUCAAACUCAUUCUCCGAAUCAAUCAAAGAGAGUUCACUCAAAAUGGAAAAUAAUUAUCAAAAAAAUGACAGAACUACCCCUCUCUGUUUUCUCUUCAUCUUCAUUCUAUUCUCCGGCGUACCCUUCGCCGGAGCACAAUCCAACGACAACACAAAUGACAACUACUACAACCGUGUGAGUCCUUCCAUGGCUAUAAUAAUAGUGAUUCUCAUCGCUGCUCUUUUCCUCAUGGGAUUUUUCUCACUCUACAUCCGUCGAUGUGCCGAUUCACCUUCCGGCAGUAUCCGAAACAUGGCAGGUAUUGCUGGACGGUCACGACGCGCGGCGCGUGGUUUAGAUGCUUCGAUACUUGAGACGUUUCCUAUCUUUGAAUAUUCGGUGGUGAAGAUUCAUAAAAUUGGAAAAGGUGCGUUGGAAUGUGCUGUUUGUUUGAAUGAGUUUGAAGAAACUGAAACGCUGCGUUUGAUUCCAAAGUGUGAUCACGUGUUUCAUCCAGAGUGUAUUGAUGAGUGGCUUGGUAAUCACACUACUUGUCCGGUUUGCAGAGCUAAUUUAGUUCCGCAACCGGGUGAAUCGGUUCACGGAGUUCCGGUUUUUAAUACUGAACCGGAAGACCUCGAGGCGCAAAAUGACGUUGUUGAAUCAAUUCCUGAACAUCAGAAUGAAGGUUCGGUUAAAGAGUCAACCCAACCACAACCACAACCACAAGUGUUGAGUUUAAGCAACACGCUGAACCGGAACCGGACGAGAGGUUCGCAGUCUGGUCGGCCCCGUUGGUUUUCGCGGUCUCACUCGACCGGUCAUUCGGUGGUUCAACCGGGUGAGAAUACUGAACGGUUUACUUUGAGGUUGCCAGUGGAAGUGAGGAAACAAAUAUUACAAAACCCGGAAUUGCACCGGGCUAGAAGCUUGGUUGUGUUGCCAAGAGAAACUAGUUCACGACGGGGUUAUCGAACAGGUGGCGGGGAGGGAAGUAGUAGAGGGAAGUCUGUAAGGAGGUUGGACCGGGGUUUACUAUCGGACCGAUGGGUUUUUACCAUGGCACCUCCUUUUCUUGUAAGAGCAUCGUCGAUUAGGUCACCGAGGGUAGGUAAUAGUGCCGGGGAAGGUACCUCCGGUUCAACAGCUACAACGGUGGUUGUUGACUCGCCGCGCCCUCCAGUUUAAUUGUCCGCCUCUGCCAUUCCUUCCGUAUGAUUUUAUUGUAUUUAUUAAUUUUUUCUUAUAAUAUAGGAGUACUUAUUUUCCAAGAAUUAGGUUUUAUUGUAAAAUUUGUAACAUGUGUAUAACACAACACAUUGUUUUCUUAAGAUAAAUAUAGUCAUGAUAUACGAACAAUUUCAUGAUUAUGAUUUUAAUUCA